UAAAAAAUGGAGUGACCAGUUUGACUUGGAAACUAUAAUGAAGAAGCAAGGAGACCAAAGAUUUUACCUGAAUGCGGACAUUCACUGUGUGAGCUUUGAGUUCCACAACUUUGGAAGGGUGGAUCAAUUAAGUGCCCACAAGAUAAUACAGUCUCAUUAGUGCCUAAUAUAGAAGACCUCAAGACUAAUUUCGCUGCACUAUCGUUGAUAAGACAGAAUAUUGAAUCAAAUCUUAAUGGAGCUGAUAACUCAAAUUCUCAGGUUGAUGAGCAAAACAACGAGGAAGAGUUUGGAUUUAAUAUUACUGAAGAGGAUAAGAGAGACUACCUGAAUUUCAGAAAGUUCUGCAUUGGAAGAAUUAAAGAGCUACUAGAGAAAGAUUAAGCUGAGUAAUUUUCCAACCAGGAGGGAUCGUUCAGGUGAUGAAGGAUCUUAAUAGUAAUUUUAGCUAAAUCUCAUGCGAAUAUCGUCGGAAUUUUAC